UGAAAGAAAUGAAUUUACGAGAAUAGGUCGCAAGUCGCAUAGAUUUUUGGUUGAUUUCCUUUUCACUUUACUUUCGUAUCCUCAGUGAGAUCUAAUAAACUCGCGUUAAUUUGUGUUUCCGAUUAUACUUUGAUUCAGCGAAAUUAGGUACUGGAUUUCCGAAAACAGGAUAAGUACGAGAGUACACAGCAUCUUAUUGAUUUUCUUUCCUUGCAUAUGCUUUCAACCAAUACGAAGUGGAGCUAACGUUUCGGGCGAAACAGUCUUCUUAUUAGAAAACGUUCUUAGUAUUUCAUUGUUUAAACCUUUCGGUUUUUAACCUUAUUUGGUCUUAACGCUGUAUUCAGUAAAAAUGAUGACCAAUAUCGACUCCAUGAACGUGAAUCAACCUACGCAAAAUGGUAGUAAAUUACAACCUUGCAACAAUGAAUCUAAGACGAACUUGAUUGUUAAUUAUUUGCCACAAACUAUGACUCAAGAAGAGAUCCGGUCACUAUUCUCUAGUGUUGGGGAAGUCGAGAGUUGUAAAUUGAUUAGAGACAAAGUAACCGUGUUCCCGGACCACAUUCUCAAUGGGCAGAGCCUAGGCUACGCGUUCGUCAACUAUCACAAAGCAGAAGAUGCCGAAAAAGCUGUUAACACCCUAAAUGGUCUACGACUGCAGAAUAAGGUAAUAAAAGUAUCUUACGCCCGCCCCAGUUCCGACGCAAUCAAAGGUGCCAAUCUCUACGUGUCCGGUUUACCCAAACAUAUGACACAGCAAGACCUGGAGAAGCUCUUCAGCCCUUAUGGAUCGAUCAUCAGCUCCCGAAUUCUUCAUGAGAACGUAAGUGUCGGCCAUUUAUUACAAGGAGGUGUAGAAGAUCAGUCAAUCCAGGGGCCAUCACGAGGUGUGGCAUUCAUCCGAUAUGACCAGCGCUGUGAAGCAGAGGCAGCUAUCCGUGAGCUGAAUGGCACCAUUCCACCGGGAGGCACUGGCCCUAUGACUGUUAAAUGCGCAAACAAUCCCAGCAAUCAGACCAAAGGACUAGCUCCAUUAGCUGCCUACCUGACUCCCAAUUCUACUCGUAGAUUUGUUGGCCCAGCAGGGAAGGCUCUCCUAGCUAUCAAUAAAGGACUGCAGAGAUUCUCCCCAUUGGCUGAUCCCAUCAUCCAAGGCAAUGCUCUUGGAGGUUCAGGUUGGUGCAUCUUUGUGUACAAUAUUGGAGCUGAUACUGAAGAGAGCACUCUUUGGCAGCUCUUUGGCCCAUUUGGUGCUGUUCAAUGUGUUAAAAUAAUAAGAGAUCCCACCACUAACAAGUGUAAGGGUUAUGGUUUUGUUACCAUGACUAACUAUGAUGAGGCAGUUGUCGCCAUCCAGUCCCUGAAUGGAUACUCUCUGAAUGGCCAGGUGCUGCAGGUCAGCUUCAAAACGAACAAGAGUAAAUCCUAAACUCAUCAAAUUCUAGUCAAUAAAUUGUAGCUAAUGCGAAAAUGUUGAUCAUUUCUCUGUCAUGAUUCUUUGUCACAGUAAACUGACUAUUGACUAGGAAAUAAUGUGACUUAAAUCAUGGCAUGACACCGAAUUGUAAACAGUGUUCAUACAAGAAAAGUACAAACCAUCUACCACAGGUUAAGUUUCAUGAUUCACUAUAAAAUAUAAGCAAAAGGAAAGUCCCACUUAUUUAUUGAUUCAGUUCAAUGAACAUUUUAUCCAUUUACAUACUGGUAUUGGAUAAAUUGUACAUUUUAAUCUUCAAUAGUUAGCCAAACCUUUCCUUUACAUAACUUAAAUUACAUUAUAAAUUGUCCAAUUACAAAUAAGAAUACUCUACUGUAUUUCAUUGAAAAAGAGAUAAUUUGAUCCUGUAACUAAUAGGAAAUAUUAUUUUCAAAAAUGUACUGAUUCACUUUAGCAUAGAUAGAAAGUUUUUUUUAUUUUAUUUUAAAUUUGCUAAAUCUUAGUUUAAUGUAUAAUGACUAAAUAACAGAUGAGUCUAUAAUUUAGUAAAAAAGAUAAUUUAUUAUUUUAGUUUUUAAAAUAGACCUAAUUAAUAUUUCUUUAUACCUUUACUGAUUCUUAAAUACAAUACCUACUGUGGUUUAAUUAAUUCUGACAUUUAGCUAAAUACCAGAGUAAUUUGUAACACAAAUUUAAUAUUAUAAAUAUUAAGAAAUUUAGAAAAAUUUUGGACUAUGUCACUAUGAUUAGAUCCCGAGCAAUAUACUGUUUUUGAGGAUUGACAGUGCAAUAUUAAAAGAUUUUACUCUAAGUAAAAAUAUAUUAAAAAAAAGAGUUUAUUAUAUGUAUUUAAAGACAGUGCAAUUAUGUAAUACAGUUGAUUAAUUUCAAAAUGAAACCAGCAAUAUUAUAUUUUACAAGAAUUAUAUAAACAAUAUUGAAUGUAUCUGAAUACUACCAAAGAUGACAUAAAAUAUGACUGAUUUAAUCAUUACAUUAAAUAUUCAUAUGAAAAAAAUAUCAUUAAAUUACCAAUCCAAUAAGUUUCAUCUAUGUUUUACAAUUCAUGUGACUAUAAUCUCUUAUAAUAAAUCCAUGACUUUAAAUAUUAAGAGAAUCUCUAAUUUAAAUGCACAAAAUCAUAAUGUAAGAUGGUUAUUUUAAUCUUUUAAUGUAUAAAUUCAUAUUCAAGUUAUGUUUUCUUCUAAUUCCUGUAUUGAUUUUCAUUGUAAAAAACCGCAAAUCACAAUUAUGGAAGUUAUCAAUUCCUACUAUUGGUUCACACUUUUCCAAUAUUAAUGGGGCUUGAAAAAUUUUAACUAACAUCUACUCAAGUUCACAAAUAAAUUGUAAACUUCUUGUAGAUGACUCUAUGCAAUAUAAACAAAGUUUUCUUCCGUAUUAAAAAAUUUAAUACUAAUAUUUUCUCUGUGUCUACCUAAGUAGGAAUUGACUUUAUGACUUGUUUCGACAUAACCAUGUAAGGAAUCUGAAUCGAAAUUAUAAAGUUGAUGGACCACAAUAUGACUGCAGUUAGUUGAUCAACAUUUUAAAGGAAAUUUUUGUAUUGACUUGAAUAUGUAACAAGUUGGGGAAAUUUGUAUUAAUGUGUAUGUCAAGUAAUAAAAUUUGCAUUAAUGUUAGUCUCAAAGGUUUUCUUGUUAAGUGGCAAAGGGCAGAGUGCUUACUGCACUUGAUUUGAUGAGGAACUGCUCUAGAUGCUGUAACUUAAGCAUGAUUUAAAUUUGUCUUUUGUGAAAUGAUAUUCGUCUCUUAUUCAUUUGAUUGUGUAAACGCUAUUUAUUAUUACAUUUAAGUAAUGUAUGAUUAAUAAUUUAUUGUCAUAAUAGUGAAUAGAUUUAUAGUAGAUUUCAUUUGAUGUUAUUAUUAAUAUAUAUCGAUUACUAGUGUAAGUUUGGGACUUAGUUUGGUGAAUUGUUUAAUCUGUAAAGCAACAUCCAUAUUAUUUAUCUCGGUAUUGAUUACUUUCAAUAUCUUCAUAGUUAAAUUAUUCAUAGAUAAAUGCAUAUCACGUCCCCGAUAGUGCACAGUUGGUGACAGCGCAGCAACAGUCUUGUUAAACGCAUUUUGAUUAAGUGAUUUAAUUUCUAUACUGCUAAGGAUAAAUGAUUCAUUAAGGUUAAUUAUUUAUUUAAAGUACUUAACUACACGGAACUAGUCAGUUUUACUUUUGCGCGACAUAAAUUUUUAAGUACCUACUUAUAAGUAUUUAAAAAAACUGUGUUCUUUAUUUAAAUGUAGAUUAGAAUUUGAUUUAAAAAAUUUGUUGGUGUGGUGUUUCGUUAACUUAAGCAUAGUAUACCAUUGCAUGCAUACAGCAACAACGCAAAUGGUGUGCUUAAAAAACUAGUCACAGGUAAAACAUACCUCGAAGUAAUAUAGUCUGAGGAAUUGUUGUGAAUCUUUUGGGCGUGUCUGCGGCAAAGAAACUAAUCUACAUGGAGGGAAUCUCAGUGUGUUAUUUUCCUUUAUUAUGUCUUAAGUAGUACUAAAUCCGCCUCCAGUUCACAGUUCCUUGUAGCCAAUUUAGCGGUCUUAAGUUUUAUUUGGAUCCCUAAUAAACCGCUCAAAGGAUUUCCAGCACGUCUACGAUAAUCUGUGUUGUGUCGUCCGUCACUUGAAAUUCACACUAACCAAUGAAAGGAACAUUUUGCCAGAGCAGUUGUUAAUAAAGCUAUCUAUAAAUGAAAAGAAAUUCUCUAAGCAUUGAAUUGUCGACUACAUAAGUAUUUAUCAGUUCACUGCUAACAAAUAUGCUUCUUACUGCAUGAAUUUUUGACGAAAACAGAUUUUUGAUCAUAAAAAUGUAUCUUUUUUCUCAAUUAUAGGUAGCAUUGACAACUUUACACCUGUCCCAUUUAAUUUUAUUUUCUCUGCAAUAUUUCGUGGUAUUUUAUUUGUGUUUAGCAUAGUUUCAGUUAAUUUAUAAAUUAACAAUUGUCAAUUUUUUCUGUCUAGUUUUUAUUUAUUGUAUAACAAUUAUUUAACAAAUUUGAUUUUGUUUUUUUUUUGGUUUAUAUUAAUUUGUGGGCAGGUUCGGGUAUUGUAAGGUUUGGCCUAGUGUGUAACUAGAGAUGUAAGACAGAGUACAAAUCGCCGAUAACGUAUUGAAAAAAAAAUGUUUGGCUUACAUUUAAUUUUUUGAAAUGUCAACGAAUGUAAUCUGAUGUAGGAAAUAUUGAUAUAGACAUUAAAUAUCGACAUUAGCAAU